AUCGAGGGAAAGAAAUGGGUUUUAGGAACUAUUGGAGCUUGUUGGAGAGGCUACAAGUGUCGUUUGAAAAAAAAUCACUUUCGAAAGUAUAACAAUGAUGCAAUGAGGAUAAAAAACCGACCAAGAAGGGUCCCAAAGUCAAUGUUUAAGGCUUUACUAAAAAUUUGGCAUGGUGAAAAACAUAAGGAAAUUAGUGAAAGAAACACAUCAAAUCGUCUAGUGGGAAAGGAGAAGAAUAUAAUGCAUACUGUAGGACCAAGGAGUUUUGCUAGGGUCAAAGAAGAUUGGAAAAAAGAAAGAAAAACCACCAAAGAUCCGACACCGGCGCAAGUGUUUAUUGAAACUCGUAAGGAAAAGCGGACAAAGCGCAAGCCUGGUGACCCGAGAGACAAACUAAUUACUGAACUUAAACAACAAGAUUCCCAGGCAACUACUACAGUGAACGAUGUUGAGAGUGUCGUUUCUACUAUUUUUAGUUCUAGUGACAAAAAGAAACGUCGGUUACGCCUAUAUGGAAGGGGUGUUCUUGUACCCAGUUAAAACAUAAGGCUAUUUUAGAAGAGACUAAAAAGAAGCACGAUGAGGAGGUUCAAGCUAUAAGAAAAAGUUAUGAAGACAAGAGGAACCAAGAUAGGGCAGAGUUAGCUAAUGGUCUAAGAUCAUUUUUCUCUCAAAUGGAAGAAAAAAGUCCUCACAUGUCUUUUGACCUUAGCAUGUUUGGCUCUUUGUUGGUUGAUGGUCAAUCCCAAAAGGACACUCAAAGAAGAAGAUGACGAAGAUGAAGACGAAGACUUAACUUGAUUUAUGCUUUACCUUAUCCAUUGUCGCUUCCUUACACCCUUUUGGUCAGAAUGCUCUAAAUACUAUCAUUAGAUUAGUAUAAUUAGUAGUACUCUUCGGCAAGAUAUUGUUUAGACUUAAUUUGGUUUUUAGAUUUUUGGUUGUAUUUUGUUUCGAUUUUCGAUAUUCACAUGGAUAUAUAUUGUUUCAUGAAUUUCAGCAAGUUUAGAGGAGAUUAUUGUGAAA